GAUCAAAGCACUUACGUUACAAAUCGAGAUAGUACGUGCUCAAUAGUACCAUGGGCAAUGGUUUUUGGAGUUGCUAGUCACCAAUAGCGUCAGCCUUCUAGAUUCACAGUGCCAGAUUCAAACGAAUUCGGUCCAAGUCGUUUCUCCUCACUUGCUUUUGUUGUCCCUCUUCACUUUUGAGCAUUGGAAGACACAUCGAUGAAACGGCACAUUUAGGGACAUAUGUGAUGCACAUAUAUUUACUGUAGGCACUGCAUGUUAAUUGAAUGUGAAUAUGUUUUUCGGAAGGCAACCUCCACUUACCAAAACCAAAAGCAGGCUGGGCAGCAUCCCAGAUAUCCAGAUAUGCGCUUGGACGGCUCUGCUCAAGGCAAGCCAGACUUGCGCUUAGUCGCGGAGAACACAGGGUCGUGGUACCGCGCGGCAGAUGACUUGAGCAUCGUGUGGGGCACCACAACUCUAGAAGAGGACUUGCAUGCGGCGGGAGGAGUGUUUGAUGACUUCUUGAAGCUGCCAGCAAAUCAGAGCUUGAAGUUCAGCAGGGGAUGGGAUGCUGUUCUUCAGGACCUUCACAUAAAGACAAGCCAGCCAUCCGUCUUGGCCUUGCGGGACUACUUUCCGUAUUGGCAGAAAGGUGGGCAACAUGGACCCUAUGGCAAGUUGCUGCCGGUGAAUCCCACAGACCACCGAUGUCACGCGGUCUUCUUCGAUGACAACGUUACGCUGGAUACUGAGGACACAAAGAUUGUUGAUGUUCGAGACACGACCGGCAAAGCAUUGUGGCCAGUUUAUGCCCAGCGAUACUACAUCUCCAGGGCAGAGCCCCUUCUGGCUGUAUCCGAUGACCAGUACUACAUAAGAAGAGUGGAAGAGAAAGAGCAGAACUUUGAGCGGAAGCGGUUGGCACGGCGGCGUUUGAAGGCAGCCACCCUGACGGUAUCAAAGAUGCUGCGGGUGGAGGCAGAGGCUGGAAAACUGGACUUGCACAAGACCCAGGCCACCACCUAUGACUCCUGGAAGCAAACGCGUGCAAGCAUAUCUAGCAUACACUUUUCAUCUUCGACGGCCGUCGCUGAAGAAGAUGAACAUAAUCCCAAGACUUCAAGAGUUGAUUAAUGCAAACAAUGAUCUUAAGUACAUAUU